UUUUUGUCAUUUUCAUAAAUAGUUUGUAGUUUUGGCUUAGCUUUGCUAGCUGAGAUUGCUUUGUCUUGUUUUAUUUACAGACACAAUCAAAUAAAAAAUAAUUCCUUCCCAUAAUGCAUGCCCUCUUGUCUCCGCUGCCCCGUGGCACUAAUUGCCCUCCAUAUCUUCCAGGAACGUCCAGUGGAUGCACCGACUCCAGAGGCGUGGAUUCCCAGCACUGUUGUCUUCUUAGGGAUAAAUAGGCUCUUUGCCUUUAACACCACUGUACACCACUGUGCAGAGAAAUGUAGCGCUAGCCUUCUGUCUCUUGUCUGCGCCCGAAAAAGAUGUGCCGUCUCGUUGUUGCUAAUUAUAGCCAAUCUUAUUUCUACCACACCGACGCCUUAUUGCAUUAUGGAUGCCUCUGGAAUGGUGUCCCUUCAAGAUAGCGUGGGAAUAUCUCAGUAGAGGCUGUGCAUCUCGGGGCUACAUGCUCCAGCAUCAUCUCGCCCGCCUAUAGCUGCCAGAGCAUCUCAUUUAGCGGAGGCUGUGUCAUGCCUGUAGUCUGAGUCCCGUGCACGGGGAUGCGUUUCUUUUCUCCGCCGCUGAAGACCUGAUUUCCUCUGCAUGCCGGAUUUAACUCCGCGGGAGCGCUAUGCGGGAGUAUAAGGUGGUGGUGCUCGGCAGCGGCGGGGUGGGGAAGUCGGCGCUCACGGUACAGUUCGUCACCGGGACGUUCAUCGAGAAGUACGACCCGACCAUUGAAGAUUUCUACAGGAAGGAGAUCGAGGUGGAUUCCUCUCCGUCGGUGCUGGAGAUCCUCGACACGGCCGGCACCGAGCAGUUCGCCUCCAUGAGGGACCUCUACAUCAGAAACGGCCAGGGCUUCAUCCUGGUCUACAGUCUGGUCAACCAGCAAAGUUUUCAGGACAUCAAGCCCAUGAGAGAUCAGAUCAUCAGGGUUAAAAGGUACCAGCAGGUGCCGGUGGUGCUGGUGGGGAACAAGGUGGACCUGGAGGAGGAGAGGGAGGUGUCCCCCAGCGAGGGCCAGGCGCUGGCCGAGGACUGGGGCUGCCCCUUCAUGGAGACGUCCGCCAAGAGCAAGACCAUGGUGGACGAGCUUUUCGCCGAGAUCGUGAGGCAGAUGGAUUUCUGCCCUCUGCCAGACCGGAGAGAGGCCUGCUGCCCCGCCUGCAGCGUACAGUAGCAGUCGAUGAGUCUGAGGGAGGGAGACGGGGAGGGGUGGGGGUGAGGGGGUGAUGGAUGGGAGGGGAGUAGAAAUUAGAGUGCAAAUGUAUUCGUGUUAGAGAGCCCGAAGACGGAGGAGUUUAAAGGAAAAUCCACUGUUGAAAUCACGUCUUCUCCCUCCACCUGCUUUCCAUCCGAGUCUAGUGGUUCAAGAGGCAUUCUGGGAAACGUGGUGAAAUCACAAACUGAGGCGGGGGUCAAUUUAAAGCAGGUCGAGGGGGAAUUAUCACUUCUCAACACGCGAGGUGGACUUUCCCAGCGGGCUCCGACGUCCGUCGACGGCCGCUGGCGAUUGUUCGGGCGUCCGUUUUCCCGGGGUUUCCCAAAGGCAGCACGGUGCCAAAACCAUCCUGAAAGCCAUCAACUAAAAGGAUAGUCAUAGUGCUAAAUGCUUUUGGGAAAGCAGCCAUAGGUCUGAGCAGGGAUGGCAGCACGCUCAGCAGUUUUAUUAGCCCUGAUUCCUUCUGCUUUUUUUUUUUUUUUUUUUUUUUUUUUUGCACUUUUCUGACUUUUCUGACGGUGCAAGGUCCAACCACCCGAAACAGAUGAGCAACACCACUGUGAAGGAGGGAAGGAGUCAUACUGGAUGUUCAUUUUACCGCAGGCCCGCCUAAAUAUGAAUGAAUGAAAAGAUGUACGAAUGUCUAAUAAAUAUUAAAACAAAUGAAUAAAUAAAUAAACGAGGCACCUUUGGGGAAAUUCCUGCAGAAGAUCCCAAAUGUUGAUGUACUGUGGAUGAUGUGUGCGUGGAGGGAGUUGUGCUGUCACACUGACAUUGAGUACAAUCAAUCCCACCCAAAGAGACCGUAUCAAUCAAUCAAUCAGUCAGUCAUUGUCGGACACUCGUCUUUACACACUUACAGAUAAUACAAAUGCCUUGUUACAUUGUUUGAACUUCAGUGUCAGUGUGUAGGUCAUCUAUCUUAAGUCACAUCAGUUAGUGGUUCAAUGUCAGAAACACUUAUUUUCAACAAAAAACAAAAAAAUAAACCUUUAUGCACAACUUG